AUGUGGUGUAUUCUUCCAGGGAGUGGACCCAUCCAGCUGUGGCAGUUCCUCCUAGAACUCCUCACAGACAAGUCCUGCCAACACUUCAUCAGUUGGUCCGGGGACGGCUGGGAGUUUAAACUGUCCGAUCCUGACGAGGUGGCUCGCCGUUGGGGCCUGAGGAAGAACAAACCAAAAAUGAACUAUGAGAAGCUGAGCCGAGGCCUGCGAUACUAUUACGAUAAGAAUAUCAUUCAUAAGACUGCUGGUAAACGUUAUGUGUACCGAUUUGUUUGUGACCUGCAAAGCUUGCUGGGAUACACGCCAGAGGAGCUGUUUCGAGCAUGUGACAUCACCCCCCAGAAGGACAAGGAUGAUGAUUGA